AUGCAUGCUUUUGUAUUUCCGGGUCAAGCAGCAUCGCUGCGGCAUGUGCCAUCCACGAUGCUGAAGCAGUACCCCGACAUCAAACUUAUGUUUGAAGAGGCACAUCAGGUCUUCGGUAUCGACUUCUCAACUGUCGAUCUGCAAGAUGAAAGGGGUAUCCGCUUCGGUAACACUGCGUUGACACAACCUCUUGUCUUCUUAUAUUGCAUGGCGGCGUAUUAUCAAAUCGCCGACCCUACCCCGGAUAUGAUGGCCGGCCAUUCCCUUGGAGAAAUCAUUGCUCUUGCUGCGUCUGGAGCUCUCACGGUGAAGGCAGCAUUGCACUUGAUCAAAGUCCGUAGUUUAGCCAUGCAGGAUGCCUCUAACUCUCAUCAGUCCGGGAUGACUGCAGUUAUGGGCCUCAGUGAAGAGGAAGUGCAAGCAGCCUGUAAUUCAUGGAACACAAGAAAUCCACACAGUCAUUUGGGCAUAUCCAACUAUAACAGUCCCCGGCAGUUUGUUAUGAGCGGCAGCAAAGAGGCUCUAAGCUACGCCAAAGGUCAACUAAAAUCUGCUGAGCGAAUCGUUGACCUGGCCACCCCUGGAGCAUUUCAUUCCCCUUACAUGGCCCAAGCGAACGAUGCAUUCAAGCUGGAGGCGAUGUCGGUUCAUUUACAACGUCCAAGGUGCCCAAUCUAUCUUAACUACACGGGUAAUUACACGACAGAUCCAGCUGAUAUUCGAGAUGGGUUGCUGCAGCAUAUGGUCUCUCCUGUGCUUUGGACUAAGACUGUUCAGGGAAUGAUCUCAGAUGGUGCAACCGAAUUUCGAUAUCUUGGAUCAGGUGGUGGGAUACCAAGAAUGAUCCAAGAGAUUCACAAUGGCGUCAAGAUCUCCUACUCGUUACUCUAUAGUGAAGGUGGUUCAAGGCCCUCGCAGAACGGCGAACAGAACGGCCACUUAUCGCCUAUUGAGGAGACACUCAAAAGUCUCUGGAUCAAAAAUGUCCCAAUAACAGCAGGCUGUCUUCCGCAUAGACACAGCAAUUUUUUUGAGCUUGGUGCCGAUUCGAUUGACGCUAUGAGACUUUCAGCUGCAGCUCGUAGCAAGGGCCUCAAACUCUCCGUCAAGGAUAUUCACACCUUCCCGGUCUUAUCCGACAUGGCAUUUGUUGCAGCGAGAGAAAGUGGACAGGAGUUCUUAACAGCCGAAGUGGCGCCUUUCUCUUUGUUGUCUCAAGAUGCAGAUAUCGAUUCCGCCAUAUCGAAUGCGGCACGCCUCUCUAACAUGGUCAAGGAUGACGUCGAGGAUAUACUUCCGUGCAGCCCCCUGCAGGAAGGAUUGAUAGCCCUCAGCAUCAAGCGAGAAGGCAUCUAUGUCACUAAGAAAUCCAUUGUGUUCGACACCAACUACGAUAUCCAGAAGCUUCAAUCUGCAUGGUCGACGGUUAUACAGCAAUCCCCAAUCCUUAGAACAAAGAUUGUCGACCUUUCAAACCAUGGCUUGGUUCAAGUUGUCUGCAAGAACUAUCCAACGGGCAAGAGUGUAGACGGCAACCUGCCUAUGGGGCUCGGCACAUGGCUUCUUCACCUCAGCUUCGAACAGGGGCUAAACUCGCAGUCUUUCAGGCUUAUCAUCACUAUGCAUCAUGCCAUUUUUGACAGAUGGUCCCUCGGCCUGAUACUACAAGCUGUGGAACGUGCUUAUCAUGACAAGGAAGUACAACUUCGCCCAAAAUUUUCCAGCUUCAUCAGUCGCCUUAAAGAUAUUCCUCUUGAGAAGGCAUCGCAGUACUGGACAAGAUAUUUGCAGGGUCUGGAAGCGCCUCAAUUUCCACAACUGCCUACUUAUGCCCACCAACCACACGCAGAUGAUUCUUUCUUCCAUAGAGUAGAGAAUCUGAAUUGGAAUCGGAGCCUAGGAACACCUUCCAACUUGAUCAGAGCAGCAUACGGCUUGCUUAUCUCGCAGCUUACUGCAUCGACAGACGUCGUCUUUGGUGCGACUGUAAUUGGUCGACAGCUGGAUCUCGAUGGUGCAGAACAGAUCAACGGGCCUAUGAUAGCUACUGUACCUGUUAGGGUGCGUGUGGAUAUGGAUAUUUCAACAUCGGUCUUCCUCGAAACAAUUCGGCAAGAAAGUGCACAGACAAUCCCGUACGAACAAGUUGGUCUAUCCAGAAUCUCCAGGCUAAACCGCGAUACACAAAGAGCAUGUAGCUUCCAAAGUUUACUUGUCGUUCAAACUCAACACAGUGCUUGCAGUGAUGGCGGCGACUACCAGUCUUUUACAGAGAGGAUUCAGAAUCUACCCGCAACACCCGACGCAUUAGGGAACUUCAGUAACUAUGCAUGCGUGUCAGAGUGUAGUCUUCGGUCAGGAGGCUUCGACUUACGCAUCGAGUUUGACAGCAAAGUGAUGAACAAGACUAUGGCUCAACGUGUCGCUCAGCAGCUAGAGCACAUAGUUCGCCAGCUCAAUGACCCGAAGCACAACGUGCUUCCGCUCAGGGAGUUGUGGUGGAUUUGCGACGAAGACUUGAGCCAGAUCACAUCCUGGAACGGCAAAUGGUUUCCCCCUGCCGAUUCUUGCAUUCACGAAUGGUUUAUGCAGAUGGCAGUGGAGCAGCCUUUUGCUCCAGCGGUAUGUGCUUGGGAUGGUGAGUUGACUUACAGAGAGCUCGACAGCUUCUCGACCAAGCUUGCGCGCCACUUAAUUCUGGCCGGGAUCGGUUCCGAACACACGGGUCAAUCAGCGCUCCUCCCCUUAUAUUUCGAGAAGAGCAUGUGGACUGUUGUAGCCACUCUUGCCGUUAUGAAAGCAGGAGGAGCCUCCUGUCUCAUGGAUGGUACACUACCUGAGGGUAGACUGAACAUGAUCUCUAGCCAACUGGCUCCAGCCGUGGUGCUUUCGUCGAAAAAACGGUUUGAAGAGGCGCGGAGGUCGUGGAAGGACAAGGUGCUUUUGAUAGACCACGAGUCAAUUGAAGCCUUGCCACUACGUGAUCAUUUGAAGCUCCCAACUGUUAAAUCGACGGAUGCCAUCUGCAGCCUCUUCACUUCAGGAUCUACAGGCACACCCAAAGGAGUCGUGCUCCAGCAUAGCCAGCUUUGCAGUGCCAUCAUGUAUCAGAAAGAGGCACUGAAUUUUAACAAAGAAACCCGGUUUUUCGACUUCGCAGCCUAUGCCUUCGACGUAGCUUGGCUUAGUCUUGCACACACUUUGGCUACAGGAGGGUGUAUCUGCAUCCCAUCUGACAAAGAUCGCCGCGACGACAUUGCAGGAUCCUUCUCGAGGUUGGCAGCCAACACGACAUUCCUCACACCGUCCGUGGCUCGAACAUUGGAGCCAGAAGCAAUGGCCACUCUUCAUACUCUGAUGUUUGGUGGUGAAGCAAUCACUAACGAUGAUAUUGCACAGUGGCGUGGCUUGCCACAUCUUAUUGGUACAUAUGGACCUGCUGAGUGCACUUUCGUCAGUACCAUUACGCCGCUGAAGCUGGGAAAUUCACAGAAUAGCAUAUUAGGCACAGGAGCUGGAACUUCAACCUGGCUUGUCAAUCUUUCAGGGGAACAGUUGGCGCCGCUAGGCUCCAUCGGAGAGAUAUGGAUCGAAGGGCCCAACGUUGGGGCUGGAUACCUGAAUGCUGAGACUCUAACCGCGAAGUCCUUUUUCGAGAAGCCUGCAUGGUUUUCGGAAACAUUGCAGCAACAGCUUGGUCGCAAGACGUCAAGAUUCUACCGGACAGGAGACCUCGCGACGUAUAGCCCCAAUGGUGAACUCAUCUUUAUGGGCCGCCAAGACUUUCAAGUUAAGAUCAACGGACAGCGUGUUGAACUGGGCGAGAUUGAGCUCCAGGCUCAACGUGCGAUAAAACCGAAUACCACCACCAAAAUCCACGUUGAAGUAGUCACACCUUCUGGACACGACAAAAAAGUACUUGUCGCAUUCAUUGCGGGCUUUCCACAAGUGAACGAUGACCAGACAGAGAGCUUGGCGGAGAUUGCAGCACUCAUCACGCAAGGUCUCCGCAGGAAAUUUCCCGACUACAUGAUACCCAAUAGUUUCAUCCCUUUAAGCGAUGUCCCAAUGACAAAUACUGGGAAAGUCAACCGUCGCCGUCUCCGAGAAAUUGGGAGCGCAUUCUCCGUGGGCCAGCUGAUUGAGAUGAAUCCGCUCCGAGAUAGGCGCAUAGCGCCCGAGACAGAAGCCGAGCGAACCCUCAUCAAAUUGUGGGCUACUAUCUUGCAUCUCGAGCCGGAAAUCAUUGGGCGUGGUGAUAGCUUUUACCGUCUCGGAGGGGAUUCCAUAUCGGCCAUGCGACUUGUCGCGCUGGCAAGAAGUUGUGGAAUUCUCAUGUCUGCCUUGAGCAUCAUGCAAAACCCGGUUCUAUGUGAUCAAGCGGUCAUGGUAGAGUAUGUCGAGUCCAAAGACGACGACAUAACAUGCGCUCCUUUUUCUCAGCUCUCUCUUGAUUUUGAUCAAUUACAGGCGGCUGUUGCACAAGCAGCUGAAGGAUGUGAUCUUAGUACAGAUCAGAUACAAGAUAUAUAUCCUUGCACGCCGCUUCAAGAAGCGCUUCUCGCUGCCACCUCCAAGGAUCGGAACAAAUACAUUGCGAGAAGAGUUUAUGAGCUUCAAGAGACUGUGGAUAGUAUUGAUGUUAUCCAGGCUUGGCAGGAAACCUGUUCGAGCAUCGAUGUCCUGAGGACACGGGUCGCGAAUGUCACUAAUGUCGGGCUUGCGCAAGUCGUCUCAACCGAACUGUGUCCUGUUUCGGAAUGGUUAAAUCUGCAGGCAUUUGAAGGCUCUGAGUCUUGUUCAAUGGGACUUGGAACAGCCCUUGUAAAGGUAGACCUAGUGAAUGUUUCUUCGGACUCGCGGCGUCGACUCUUCAUCUUUUCGGCACAUCACGCGGUGUAUGAUGGUUGGUCUUUACCAUUGAUCCUGAACCACUUCAUUUCUAUCUACGAAAAGACCCCAACACCUGCGCCCAUUCCUUUCAAGAACUUCACCAAGUAUUUGAAGAAUUUGAAGACCGAAUCAGCGCGAACGUUCUGGACGAGUACGCUAAGCAGCGUCGAAGCUACAAUAUUCCCGAAUGUGCCAAAGACUCCACAAAUCCACCCGACGACGAAUACUUUCCAACACGACAUUCGCAGAAUUACCUGGCCACGAGGUGAUUUUACCCCUUCGAAUAUCCUGACAGCCGCUUGGGCAGUCGUUGCCAGUCGCUAUUCCGACUCCAAAGAUGUUGUUUUCGGCACGGUUACAUCUGGACGGCAGACUCCGAUUCCAGGGAUAGAACGCAUCAUCGGCCCAACUAUUGCCACCGUGCCUGUACAGGUGAGGUUGCUAGGCGGAGAGAGCUUGGCAACUCUAUUACAUCGAGUUCAGGGAACGGCCUUGGAAAUGAUGCAAUACGAGCACACUGGUCUCCAGAAUAUCAGGAAAUACAGCCCUGAGAUUGAACGGCUUUGCAACUUCCAGACACUCUUGGUAAUCCAACCUCCUACGAGAGAUAUAGCUGAGUCCAACACUGGCUCUUUAUUCGUGAAGGAAGAGCUACAUACAAGUGCAGAAUUCGGCCCGGGAUUGGGCCAUUCUGUCGACGAUUUCGGUUCGCAUGCUCUCUCGAUCCAGAUCAAUCUGGACGACGGUAAAGCUUCCCUCAAGAUCACACAUGAUACAAACGUAUUGCAUGAAGAAUCAGCAAGUAGGAUUGCCAGGCAAUUUACUAGUGUUAUCCGUCAAUUUUGUCGUUCAUCAGAAUCGGCGGAGACUACCCUUGUUGAGAAGCUCUCUCUCGACACUGAGCAGGACACCCAGAAAAUAUGGCAAUGGAAUUCCAAAGCUCCUCCGCUGAUACAAGGCUGUGUCCAUGACUUAAUCAGCGAGGCGGCCUCGAAGUACCCGGGCAACCCAGCUAUAUGUGCAUGGGAUGGCGAAAUCACACAUCGUCAGCUUGACGAUAUGUCGGCCAGGUUAGCGCGUCACCUGAUAAGUCUCGGUCUCCGAGUUGGCAGUAUUGUGCCGCUGUGCUUUGAGAAGUCCUUGUGGACUAUAGUCGCUAUCAUGGGAGUUAUGAAGGCGGGUGGAGCGUCAGUCACGAUGGACGUCGGCCAGCCCGUGGAGCGCCUGCGGCAAAUUGUCGACAAGGCAAAUCCGCAAUUCAUCUUGUGCUCAGAAAACAGGCAAGGUCUAGCUUCGAUGCUUCGGCCGCAGGUGCGUGUUCUGCCGGUAUUCUCGGAUCUAGUGGAAGGUCUAGAUGCAGAACCAACCGUACAGUUGCCCAUUGUUGAUAUGUCUAGCCUUCUGUACGUUGUGUUCACCUCUGGUAGCACGGGAACGCCAAAGGGCGCAACUAUUUCGCACGCAAACUUUUGCAGUGCCAUCAGGUACCAGCGUGAAGCCAUGAGGUACUGCUCGGCGUCCAGAGUCUUCGACUUUGUUUCUUACGCUUUUGACGUCACCUGGCCAAACAUACUCCAAACGCUCUCGGUCGGUGGCUGCGUUUGCGUGCCGUCAGAAUUUGAUAGGAAGAACGAUAUAUCGACAUCAAUAAGAACACUGAGGGCAAAUGCAGUCCACGUGCCGCCCUCCGUUGCAAGAUUAAUCGACCCUGCAGCUGUGCCCGAGAUCAAAACGGUGGUCGUAGGCGGCGAGCCUGUGCUUUUGUCAGACGUAACGAGAUGGGGGCCUGGCGUCGAGGUCAUCCAGGUCUAUGGUCCAGCAGAAUGCACACCCCCAAUCAUGGCAUCAUAUCGUGUCGAUAGUGAUGAAGCCAUGGCAAAUAUUGGGCAUGGAUUCGGUGUUGUGCCUUGGAUCGUUGAUGCUGACGACCCUCAGAAACUGGCCUCGAUUGGCGUGGUUGGUGAGCUCGUAGUUGAAGGGCCGCUUGUCGGGUUGGGAUAUCUCGACGAUCUGGAGAAGACUGAAGCUGCAUUCCUCGAUAGUCCCCGUUGGCUUGUGAGUGGCUGUUCAACUCAUGCUGGCCGGUCUGGUCGGGUAUACAGAACAGGGGACUUGGCUAGGUACGAGCAUGAUGGUUCCAUCCGAUUCAUUGGGCGAAAAGAUGCUCAGGUCAAAGUCCGUGGCCAAAGGAUCGAACUAGGGGAAGUUGAGGUUCACAUUGAACGUUUGUUGCAGGAUCAACACACCACGGACAUCGCUGUUGAUGUGUUUGUACCUGCGAAGAGCACAACGGCCGUUCUCGCAGCGUUCAUAGCUGUUGGCGUUGACACAUCCGACAAAUCGCAAGCUGUAAAGCUUGUUCAGAGCAUCGUUCAGUCUUUCCAUAGCGGUUUGAAGGAGGCCUUGCCCGCAUACAUGGUACCAUUUGUGUAUAUUCCUGUUGAGAAAAUACCCACUACUGGGACUGGUAAGAAAGACCGCCGACGCCUACGCGAAUUGGGUGCCAGUUUCACACUUGAAGAGUUAGCUUCUUUUAAUCCCUGGCGACAGGAGAAACGCUUGCCUUCCACGGAGUGGGAAAAACGACUUCAGCUGCUGGUCUCCACUGUCCUUGGGAUUGAUGUCCAAAGCAUUGGUGCAGACGACAGUUUCUUCCAGAUUGGUGGUGAUUCAAUCGCAGCGAUGAAACUUGUGGCACUGGCUCGGGAGAGAUUUGGAAUCAGGCUCGCGGUUGGUGACAUCUUCAAAAACCCUCAACUCAGCGCAUUGGCACAGCUGGCCGGGACACAUAUGUGCGUCGAUGACCGGGUGGAGAUAUCACCAUUCUCUCUUCUGAGUGACGAGGAUCCUGGUACUAUGAAGCUCCUUGCGUCUGGAGUUCUUGAAGUAUCCCCUGGGACAAUCGAGGACAUGUACCCCUGUACUGCGCUUCAAGAAGGGCUCCUGGCGUCCACUUCGUUCGCCGAGAGCUCUUAUGUGGCAGAUAAGAUCUUCAGACUGGAGCCCGACGUUGAUUUACAUCAAUUUAGACAGGCGUGGCAACAUGUCUUUGACGAGACACCUAUUCUCCGGACACGAAUCAUCGAAAUACCCGGGAAGGGACCCUUCCAAGUGGUUCUACGUCAGACGCUACCAUGGUUCGAAGUCAACGGCUACGAUGAUUUCUUGGAGUCUGGAAAAACUCGAAAGGUUGGUUUUGGCAAUCCAUUGAUUUGGCUUGGAAUUGUGUUCACUGCCACUGGCGAGUCUUAUUUCUCUUGGAAAAUGCAUCAUGCUCUGUAUGACGGCAUAUCGAUCAGGAUACUCCUCGGCAAUCUGAUGGCGGCCUACGAGAAGCGCUCUUUGAAUUCAACAGCACCAUUCAGUCAUUUUAUUGCCUUUACAAACGGAAGAGAUCUUGCGUCCAGGUCUUCGGAGUUUUGGACAAAUCAACUUGGGACUUCUGUAGCCAGACCAUUCCCCAGCUUGCCAAGUCCAUCCUACCGUCCAAUUGCGGAUACAAGUCACACCCACUGUCUGCGUGGCAUUAAUUGGCCCGCAGUGGACUUGACUCCGGCAAAUAUCCUACGAUCAGUCUGGGCGUUAUUGAUUUCUCGAUACACAGCGAGUGAUCAGGCGAUUUUCGGAGCUGUAGUCAGUGGCCGACAAGCGCCAGUGCCAGGUAUUGAAUCCAUUAUGGGGCCAACAAUCGCGACAGUACCAGUUCUCGUGAGCAUCGAUGAAGAGGAUUCUAUUACAAACAUGAUGAAGAAGGUUCAAUCUCAAGCCGUGGAUAUGGUUCCAUUUGAGCAAGCCGGGCUCCAUAACAUCCGGCGCAUCAGCCCUCAUAUAGAGAGACACAGCCAGUUCAACACUCUACUCCUGAUACAAUCCGAGUCGGACGAUGAAGAUACUGGCCAAGAUUGCCCAUUAUGGACACAAAAGACACCUGUGGACAUUUCUCCUGAAUACGCGUCACAGUCUGCUUUGGGGACCUUCAAUUCGUACGCCCUGCUUAUGCAAUGCAUUAUUCGCGAUGAUGGACUUGAACUCAAGUCUGAGUUUGAUUCUGCUGUCAUUUCUGAAGAUAGUAUUGCACGUUUGACAACCCAAUUCGAAGAUGGCUUGAGGCAGAUUUGCUCAACGAAUUUCUCAGCCACUCAAGUCAAGAAUAUCAGCUUCCUCAGCCAACAGGAUCUUGAGGACAUUUGGCAAACGAACGAAUCAGUCCCUCAACCAGUCAACGAAUGUAUUCACGACAUAAUCCGGGAAGUAUCUUUGAGAAAGCCUGAGUCACUUGCUGUCGAUGCUCACGACGGCAGGCUGACUUAUAGAGAGCUGGAGAAUGCUAGUAGCUACUUGGCACUUGUCCUCGCAUCCAAAGGCGUCAAACAAGGUACAAUAGUCCCAGUCAUCUUCGAAAAGAGUCUUUGGACAACUGUUGCGGCCCUGGCCGUGAUGAAAGCUGGUGGUGCCGUGGUGCUACUCGAUACAUUUUUGCCUAUGGCACGAUUGGGUGCCAUCGUGAAGCAAGUCAAACCAGUUGUCACAAUAUCCUCGACGAAGGCAGCUGAAAUUACCGAAACCCUCUCAAUUGAGGAGAACAUAAUACUUGCACCAGGGCGGAUUCCGACCUCGGGUACCUACGAUCCCACCACCCUGCCCGAUGUGUCGCCUUCGGAUUCCGCAUAUAUUGUUUUCACCUCAGGCUCCACUGGCACUCCUAAAGGUGUCAUCAUCACGCAUAGAAAUUUCUCCAGUUCACUGAGAUAUCAGAGCGAAGCUCUCGGGUUCUCGAAAGCCUCGCGUGUCUAUGAUUUCGCGUCGUAUUCCUUCGAUGUUUGCUGGACCAAUAUGCUUCACACUCUCGCGGCAGGAGCCUGUUUGUGCGUUCCAACGGAGUCAGAUCGUCGAAACAAUCUGGGAGAGUCCAUAAUGCAAUUUGCAGCCGAUACUAUUGAACUUACGCCAUCGGUAGCGAGGACACUGGAUCCAGUCUCUUUAUCAGGACUGAAAACCCUUAAUCUUGGUGGCGAAGCCGUCACCGGAGAGGACGUUGCAAGAUGGAGCCAUAUUCCCACCGUCCUAAAUACAUAUGGCCCGGCAGAAGCAACACCGACCACGACUGUUUGCCGGCUAUCCACUCAUGACUUACACGAGCCUCGAAUGGGUAAGGGCGUGGGAACAUGCUGCUGGGUAGUCCAAAGUGGCGGAAAGCUUGCACCAGUGGGGGCAAUUGGCGAAUUGUGGCUUGAGGGACCUCUAGUUGGGCAGGGAUAUCUGAAUGAUGCUGAGAAGACUGCUUCUGCUUUUGUUGACGACCCACCAUGGCUGAUUGUUGGCUAUCCCGGAGGGUCAAUCCCUGGUCGUUCUGGCAGAGUCUAUAGGACUGGGGAUUUGGUCAAGCUAUUACCAGACGGCAACCUUUCAUAUGUGGGCAGAACCGACUCCCAAGUCAAGAUCAAUGGCCAAAGGACCGAACUGGAAGAGAUAGAGAAACAGGUCCAGAAAAACCUGCCCAAAGCACAUCCAGCUGCGGUAGUAGUGGACUUGAUAAUCCCAUCAGACGGCAGCACGAAGGUUCUGGUGGCCUUUCUCGCUCUGCAAACCAGUCACUCGGGGGUCAUCACCAAGGAUAGAGAUCUACUAUUAAACAUCGCUCUCGAGCUUGACAGUACCUUGGCUCUCGCCGUUCCAAGGUACAUGAUCCCAUCUGUUUUCCUGGAGAUCGAUACCGUCCCGCUCGGGCCUACAGGAAAGGUAGAUCGACGACAUCUUCGACAACUUGUUGAAGUUAUGACGGUCGGGGAACUAGCCAACGCCAAUUUGCUUCGGGGCAAGAGAGAUUCCGUAGCCGAAGCUGUAUUUACUCCAGUCCAAUCACUGCUGCAGAAGCUCUGGGGGGAGGUGUUGCACAUCGCUCCAAAGACGAUUUCUCAUCACGACAGCUUCUUCCGCCUUGGUGGAGACUCAGUUUCGGCAAUGAGAUUGGUCGGGCUUGCUAGAUCACACCAUGUCAGGCUCACAGUUGGCCAAGUCUUCCAAUAUCCCCAGCUGCAUGUCCUUGCUGGUCAAGUGAAAGAAAAUGGUGCUGGGACAACGAACUGUACCGGACCCGUUCUACCGUUCACACUGCUCGGUGAUGCCGAUGUGGAAGACUGCUGCGCGGAAGCCGCAUCUACACUUGGAAUCAACAAAGAUCAGAUCCAAGAUAUGUAUCCCUCGACACCACUGCAAGAAGGUCUCCUUGCUACGACAGAGCAGCAGGCUGGUAAAUAUGUUGCCCAAUACAUGUUCAAGCUACCAGAUAGUGUCGAUACGCAAAGAUUCAAGGAAUCUUGGCAAGUUGCCGCUACACACAUGCCAAUUUUGCGGACUCGAUUCGCCUCGAUAGGUCACGCGGGCCUUUUACAAGUGGUCACCAAGCAAGGCAUCGACUUCACCGAAUAUACCUCAUGGACCCAGCGCACCAUUGACCAGCCAGAUCUUGGCUUCAUAAACCAAGCUUCUCGAUACGAGAUUGUUCACACAUCAGCGCAACCGGCAGUGUUUAUCUGGACCAUCCACCAUGCAUUGUAUGAUGGGUGGUCAUUCUCAAUGAUCCUCGACGCUGUGCAAAAAGCCUACGAGGGCAGCCAGCUGCUUGCCGUAACCCCAUUCAAUGCUUUCAUUCGACACCUCUCACGUGCGGACUCGAAAACGGCAGCAGAGUUCUGGCUACAAGAACUGGAGUCGUCCCAUGCAGUUCCGUACCCCAAACUUCCAUACACAAAUUACCAGCCGCGACCGGUAUCACAGCUGACCCAUACCAUGUCUAACCUCCAAUUGCGUCAGAUGGACUUCACAGUGUCAACUGUUCUGCGAGGAGCAUGGGCCAUCCUUGCUUCCCGUCACUCCAAUUCAGACGAAGUGAUUUUCGGAGCAGUUGUUUCCGGCAGACAAGCAACCCUACCGGGCAUUGAACAAGUCGCCGGCCCAACCAUUGCAACAGUUCCUGUGCGCACGAUAGUAGACGGGGCAGAGAAGACUACCAGCUUUCUUCAGCGGGUUCAAGAUCAUGCUGUUCGUAUGGUGCCUUUUGAACAAACUGGCCUCCAGAAUAUCAAGAAGCUCGGGGUGGGCAUGGACUCUCAGACUGCUUUCAACACGCUUCUACUUGUGCAAAUGGAGGAUGAUGACUCUCAUCAGGUUGAUCGAAAAUGGCUCUUUGAUUCCGACUACACGCAAGAUGAAGAGGGUUCGACUGGAAAAGCAAUAGGAUUCGAGGCUUUCAGUCUCUAUGCUUUGCUAGUCCAGUUUUUUGUUCGGAAAGAUGCCGUCGAGGUUCAAUUUUGGUUCGAUGAGAACGUAAUCGAAGUCGCUCUCCUCGAGCGGUUAUCUCUUCAGCUUGAAACUCUGAUGCGACAGCUAUGCUUGGAAGAGUCACAUGACUUGAGUAUCUCUCAGCUUUCGACGACGAGUGAGCGUGACCUUUGCGACAUAUGGGACUGGAAUCCCGUGCCUCCGCCCUCAGUAGAGAGGUGCGUCCACGAGUUGAUUAUUGACAACAUGAACCACAAGAAGCUGCAAAACUCUCUCGCCGUGCAAGCUCAUGACGGCCCCAGUACCAUUGUUCCUCUCUUUUUUGAGAAAUCAAAGUGGACCAUGAUUGCUAUCUUGGCUGUGUGGAAGGCCGGAGGAGCCGUUCUCACCCUUGAUGGAAAUAUGCCUGACGACCGUAUCCAGGCCAUCGUUUGUCAGAUAAACCCUCGACUAGCUCUGGUUUCUGCAAUGAACAAGCAGCGGUCACUCAAUGUGCUCAAUCCCGAAUGUGCAACAAUGGUCAUUGAUUCGAAUACCAUCUCGAGCCUCCCUGGAUCUGAAGCUUUCGUUAGCCCUGUCAAGGUACAGCCUUCAGAUCUGGUCUACGUUGUAUUCACAUCAGGCAGCACCGGUGCACCGAAAGGUGUCUUACUCCAACAUCGCCAUUUGGCCAGCGCAUCAACGUAUCAAGCAGAAGCACUCGGAUACAAUGAGACAUCACGGGUCUACGAUUUUGCAUCGUUUGCGUUCGACGUCUCAUGGUCGAACAUCAUUCAAACUUUCACCACAGGCGGAUGCUUAUGCAUUCCCACAGACGAGCAGCGACAGAAUGAUUUACCUGCUUCAUUCCGCGGGCUGGAGGCGAACUUUGUUGACCUCACCCCAUCAGUAUCUCGCACCAUUGAUCCAGAGUCCAUGGUCGGACUGCAGACCUUGCUAUUCGGUGGAGAGGCCGUGUUAGGAGCUGACGUAGCAAGAUGGAAGACCCUACCGAACAUCAAACUCGUCAACACGUACGGGCCUGCUGAAACUACACCCAAGACGACGGCUUUCCCCCUGACCGAUGAAGAUAGCACAGCCGGAGCACGUUUUGGUGUCGGUUUGGGUCUCAACACGUGGCUUAUUGAGCCAGAUGGUGAGAGUGUAGCAGCCGUAGGCGCCGUGGGCGAGCUUUGGCUUGAGGGACCGCUCGUUGCUGCGGGAUACAUGAACAAUCCUGCGAAGACGGCUGAAUGCUUUGUGGCGAAUCCUCCAUGGCUGACUCGGGGCGCACCGGGACAUCCUGGACGAGGAGGAACGCUCUACAGGACAGGAGAUCUCUGCCGGUAUAACAUGGACGGAACUCUUUCGUAUGUCUCCCGCGCAGACACGCAAAUCAAGAUUGGCGGGCAACGCGUAGAGUUGGCCGAGAUCGAACACAUUGUUCAACAGACUUCCAGCGAAUCAAGACUCAAUGUAACCAUUGAUCUGAUUACUCCCAAAGGAAGCCAGACAAAACUUUUAGUUGCAUUCGUGGCACCGGCAGCCGGAACCAAGACAUCUGGGAUUGAGACGGCGGGCUGGUCUUUCGACCUCAGGGACAAGCUCAGCCGACGGCUUCAUCAUGCCGUGGUUCCACGUGCUUUCAUCCUUUUAGAAGCGAUGCCUGUCACGACUUCAGGAAAGUCGGAUCGGCGCCGACUGGUCAGCAUGGGAUGCAGUAUGACCCUAGAUGAAUUGACCAAGCUCAGCGGCUCUAGAAACACGACCAAGCGUGCGCCGCAGUCGGAAGAAGAAGCGAUCUUACGGCAGCUAUGGGCACAGGCUCUUUCUAUUGAAGAGACUAGCAUUGGCAUCGACGACAGCUUCAUGCAAUUCGGUGGCGACUCGAUCAGCGCCAUGAAGGUAGUCAGCUUGGCGCUUAGGCGAGACCUCAAGUUAAGAGCAGCCCAAGUCGUGAAUACCCCAGUACUGAGGGAACAAGCCAAGCAUCUACAAAAAUCCCAUCAGAGGGCCACGGAUGGGACCAAUAUAGUGAGGAAACAUGCUACCACUUUGUUCCAAACCCAUUGCAUUGACGCUGCUCGCCAAACACCACCAGCAUGGUAUGGAUUCCUCGUCGUCAACCUUGCGCCGUCAUUUUCAGGAACCGCCGCGUCGCUUCUGUGCACCUGGUUGUGGUCUAGCUUCGAUAUACUCCGUGCGAUAUUCACACAGGACGGCCACAAAUACGUGCAAGAGUACGCUUCCAGCUCCGAAACCCCAGUGACUGUCCUAUGCGACGUCGGCGACCUUGAGGCUGAAAGCCAAAACCUCAUCGAGACUCAAGGGCACGAAUCGCUUAUUCUUGGUCAGCCAUUUGUGAGAUUCUGGAUACUGGAAGGCUCAGACUCGUCUCGGCUGAUGAUACGUCUACCCCAUGCACAGUAUGAUGGGAUCAGCUUGAACCAGAUGAUGGCCCAGCUCGUCGCAUUCGGACAAACUGGAAUGCACGAAACUCCACUUCACUUCUAUCGUUAUUUAGAAAUGGUCAACAAAUCAAGGACGAGCGGAGGUUUGGAGUAUUGGAACCGCCUUCUCCAAGGCGCAUCUAUGACACCGCCCCCCGGGCCUCCUGUCGAUGAUGAGGUGGUAAUGAAGGCCGGCUGGACAGUUCCGUCUAUCCGUAUCGGCUUUCCUGCCCUACCUAUUAGCAAGAGCACUACUGCUGCAACCAUCUUCACAGCUAUUUGCGCCCGUGCUAUUGCUGGCGUAUGUGCGACUCCGGAUCUCGUCUUCGGUCGACUGACUUCAGGGAGAGCCAUGGACCCUGCCCUGAGUAGUGUAGCCGGUCCUUGUAUCAAUUUCGUCCCCAUUCGUAUCGAUAAUACUGGGCGAACUGACAUCAUCUCUACUAUCCAGCAACAGGUGGCAGAGAGUAUGGAUUAUGAAGGGUUCGGAAUAGACGAGAUAUGUGUUUCCUCGAACAUUUCGACACCCCGAUCAAGACACCCCUUCAAAGUACGACCUGGAGCCACUCCAUUUUUCGGAUUCACAGUUCAAUACCAGAAUGUUGAAGAAAUGGAGACAACCAAUGCUGUCUCUUUUGCUGAACGGGGGUUCGCGUUCCACUGGCGGCCUGGCAAUGAUACGGCAGAGGCGCUUUUCAAAGAUUGCAUCGCUAUUCGGGCUGAGGAAGCUGUCAAACAAGACUCAACCUCGGAGGAGAGACAGUUGCAAGUAAUCAUCUCUGGCCCAGAGUGGAGAAUGAAUGUCAUGCAGCAGCUUGCUGAUGAGAUCCUCCACUUCGAUAUGAAUAGCCUAGAUAUGGAAUAA